AGAACGAACAGCUGAACGAGAAUUCAUAUGCAUUGGUAGCGACGGUUCCUAGCUGACCAUCAGACUGCUUCACUUCUGCCAAUGGCUUCUGUCCUAUGCAUCUCAAACUCUACGCUACGUAUCAAACAACUGCGGAUCUCGAAGCUGCCCAGUCUCAAUCGACUUAAAAUGGGCUCUCUCAGCAAGGUUCACACUAGAAUAACCCGUCUAAAAGGAGCAGCCUGGUACAUCUACGAUUAACGCAGGAACAGUAGGGUUAUAGCGGGAUCGAAACAGAGCACGUUCCCGCUUGAGCUAGGAAAGGUGAUAAGAGGUCGACGCCUCACUGAGAGCACCAGGCAGUGGCAGGCAACGCCUCAUGCAGUGCAGGCAAACGGCGCAGUGGAUCUCUCCGUUGCCGUUAAUCGCACUUGGUGAGGGAGAGAUAGAGGGCCGAGCACAGGCUUCGCUAGUGGGACCAGCGAGGGUGACUGAGAAGUGGAAGGAGGGUACGGCAGGGGUGUAUUUCUGGAUCAAUACAGACUUCGUACACGGCGAUGCCAGCUGGGACAUUCUAUAACUUGCUAAGGGAUACUUCCAAGAAGCAGCAUCUCGCGAGUUGCCAAUUGUCGCUGUCACACGCGCUGGGCGGCUGCAGUUAAGAAACUCAAAACAGUUCGUCGUCAAUUACGCCUUUCAUAGAUCGCCUUUCACAUCUUGAUCUCCUUUCCUGCUUUCGUUAUAAAUGCCACUUCUCUGAUACCCUUACUUCCCCGUUUCUCCCCCGCAGGCAGUCAUGUCCUUUGUUGAUCUCCCUCCCGAGUUGCUUGACAUCAUCUUUCAGCCUCUCGCCAACGCCUCCCUCGCUGCCCUCGCAAAAUCAUGCAGCUCAUUCACCGACGUCGCAAACCGUCGCCUCUACCGCCAUCUCUCCCUUUCAUCUCACACUCACAACCUCUCCGCUGUCCGCACCCUAGCGGAGAGGCCUUAUCUUUCCUCGCUUGUGCAUUCGUUCGCCAUCAGCCUCAAUGACGCAGACGUUGUGCUUCACGGAUACUACGUCAUGUUGGCCAAAGUUCUGCAGGACAUGCCUGAGCUCAUGAGCCUUGAGCUUCUCAUCAGUCCGGAAGCGAGUUGGAUUUUGGAGAAGGCAACGAGCACGCCGUAUCCUCGCCUCCAACAUUUCACCACGUCGUUUAUGCUCGACGGCAACGUAGCGGCAUUCCUGCUGCGUACACCGCAACUGUUGUCGCUCCAAAUUUCAUCUACCUUUUCGUCUUCCGACAUAGUGGAAAUUCCUUCCACAGCCAUUCCCAAACUGGCAUCUUACACUGGUCCCGCCUCCCUGCUUCCCACUUUGUUCCAUUCCCGGCCUCUCACAUCUCUCCAUCUGUCGGGUGACCUCUCACUCGCUGACAUCGAGCAUCUUGCUCAGGGUUCGCGCGCCUCAAGUGAAUCGGUUGCCACAAGGUCCGAUGACAAUGGCUGUGAGCUUGGGAAACCUAGGGUAGAGGUACUGAGCGCCGUUACAAGUACACCUCCCGUCAUCGUCUUGGAGGCGCUUGCAAAAGCUUGCCCCAGCCUAGUGUGUCUUCGCGUCAUGACUACUUGUGCGUUCUGGGAGGCACCGGAUCUGACGUUUUACACCAAGAUUGCAAACACAUUGACUUCCCUCCGUCAGCUUUCCGCGUUUGAGCUAUCGGGGAUGCAUUGGGAAUCCCGGCCAAAACCUAUUACUUCCGUAACACAUGAUGGUCCAAUUGUCGAAAAAGAAUGGAUCUCACCUCCGGUAACGCCUCGAGUGGUCGAAGAAGAUCUCCAGCAUCAGGCUUAUGAUGCCGAAUUUGCAGAGAGCUUUCUCGAGUGGGCAUAUUAGUCCCCAAUUCAAUUUGCGGAUAAGGAGGAGAUACUUUCGUUCCGUUCUCCUUUGAUAUCUAACUUAUUGUUUCUUUCUUUUCUUUCCGGGUUAAACGUCACCCUGGGGUUUCUGUUUUUGCUUUCUACCUAGCUCUUAUUCGCGGAUAAUACCACCAAUCAUACCAUAAUGAAGUCGUAUUCAUAAACCAUUCACAUAAACCCUGUCUGCAUAAUCUCAACCUUCCCUGCUUCUGUCCUCGCACGUUAUCUGUAUCACGUAGCCUAUCUCGGAGCCUUUGAAUACAUUAUAUGAUAGACUUACGUUAC